UGUGUUCGCUACACAUACAGUACAUGUGCGUGCGGAUGUGGAGGUGCUAUGCUGAGGGUGUCGGGUGUCGCACCAGCUCCGUCGGGCCACGAGUGGCGUUUCCAGUGUUCUGUAGGGGUGGACUGUAGCGACGCCGAGCCUCGCUGUAUCUGGCUGGCAGUUUUAAGGGGUGUUUCACCUCAUUCCUCACCCUGGCCGACCCCCAUCACAUCACCAAGAAGACGAGGCUCCCGGAGGCUCAUACAGCGCCAUCGCAUGUGCUGGGCUAAAGGGCGGAGAGAUGGCAUGGUGUCGUCCAAUGAGAACAGGCGUCGGCCGCUGUCGUCGGGUGAGGUGGAAGGCGUGUCGUGGCAGGGACCACGGACCAUUUUCCUCCAGAAGAACUCGCAGGGAUUCGGCUUCACUCUGCGACACUUCAUCGUCUAUCCGCCGGAGUCCUCCAUCCACAGCCUCAAGGAUGAAGAAAACGGAAAUGCAACUGGAAAAGGUUGUCAGCGCUCUCGUUUGGAGCCGAUGGACACUAUCUUUGUGAAGAGUGUCAAAGAAAAUGGCCCUGCCCAGCAGGCUGGACUGUGCACAGGGGACAGGCUGGUUAAAGUAAACGGGGAGAGCAUUCUGGGGAAAACCUACUCUCAGGUGAUCGCACUCAUCCAAAACAGUGAAAACAUUCUGGAGCUCUGCAUUAUGCCAAAAGAUGAGGAUGUGUUGCAGUUGGUAAGUGCGUACUCCCAGGAUGCCUACCUGAAAGGCAAUGAGCCAUAUUCAGGUGGAGCCCAGAACCUCCCUGAGCCACCGCCUCCUCUCUGUUACCCUCCCACCAAGCCCAGCUCCACGGCCACACAGUCCAGCCACAACCUCCACAGUCCCCUGGACAACUGGCAGUGCCGACCCGGCCACACCACCUCGCCACUGGACAACCGCCCCCCUGCUGCUUCUACCCCCACCUCCGGCUGGUCCGGGGGUCCCGAGGAGGCCAGUAGUCACUUUGCCCCACCAGGGCGGCAUCGUGGUCGCUCCUCAUCAACAGUCAGUGCGCUGGACUUUCACUUUGCUAACCACAAUGCUGCCAUCGCCUCUGCAACUCUGCCUCCACCACGAAAGAGCAACAUGCCGGCCUCUGCCCGCGCGCACACUGAUGCCCUCUGCCACCAGGCUUUGUCGGACUGGUACUACAGCCAGGCUGAGGCAGCCGAGCGCAUGUCCCCCCGCCACCGCAGCAUAUCUCAGGACCGUUUAGCGGAGCUGGGGCUGGGGUUGGCACUCGGCCCUGGACCAACGCCUGCCUCCACAACCUCUGCGGAGCAACGUAGAAGAGAGACCCUCAUGCACCACCACCAUCAGGCAGCAGCAGCCUCCCAUGAUACCUAUUGGCUGGGGGGCUGGGGUGGUAUAUCAGGACCAGGAAGCAGAUCAUGCUCAGAGAGCCUGCUGGCAGCCUAUGCAGAGUACGAGCACAACUACGGGCGUUCUGUGGAAACACUGGCACAAGCUUCUGCACUGGUCACACCACGCGACGAACAGUCUUCACAAGGCUCCCAGAUGACGAAAUUCAGUGAGCAGAAAGAGCAAAAAGCCUCCGGAGGGCAUCAGCAGCAAACCGCAGUAGCACCCCCAGUCACAACCUCCUCCACAGUGCCUCCAAGUGGCAGGCAGUCAGGUCAACAGGUAGCUGAACCCCAGACAAGGCGAGUAAAAGAGGAAGAGUUGGUGGGCUACAAAAGCUACAGUCCUUCUUUCUCCCACAAAGCUGGUCACCUCCUCCAGCAGGCGCACUCUUUCAGAGAGCCCACUUACAGCGGCCCUCACCUCAACUGGAGCUCCGGCAGCAGAAGCAGCCCUGCCGACAGUGAUGGAGGGAUGGUUCCCCGGCCCCAGUCCACCCCAGCCCUGUCUGCAUCAGAGGAAGAGAGAGCCCGGCUCGGGGACGACAGGGAGGUCAUCUCCCCUAUCUCCCUCAAUCAAGAGGUGGUCCUAAGGCAGAAACCGCCUUCCGGACGCUGGACCCCUGUACAGGCACUUCGACAUCACAACUACAACACAACUGUGGAUUCGCCCGAGGCCCCUGGUUUGACACCUUCACCUGGGACUCCCUCCCCUGUCUCUGGAGGACCAGGCCCCAACCGCAGGGCCAAUGGUAGCCUGGCACAGCAUGCAUACGACUCCCUCUCCUCUAUUCCCUUCAUAGAUGAACCCACCAGUCCUAGUACUGACGUACAGGCCUUCUAUGUACCAGCCUGCUCUGUGGUGCCCAGUUCCACUAUGGCCACCCUCACUUCCACCCCUGUCUCCCCCACCCUGUCCUCCAUCUCCCCCUUUGUCCGACUUCGUUCUCAGGACUGCAGCAGUAUCAAAGGUCGUCGCUCGUCUUACCUGCUGGCCAUCACCACCGAGAGAUCCAAGUCCUGUGACGAGGGUCUCAACACCUUCAGGGAAGAAGGCCGUGUCUUCUCCAAACUACCAAAAAGAGUCAAGAGCUUUUUCAUUGAUGGGUCUCUGGAGAGCUUACGAACCCAGGAAGAAGCCCGUUCCAAACGUCACUCAACCUCUGAACUGGGAACCAUCACCUUCAGUGAUGUACGCAAGGAAGGCUGGCUGCACUACAAACAGAUCCUCACAGAGAAGGGAAAGAAAGUCGGUGGCGGCAUGCGGCCAUGGAAACGCGUCUUCUCCGUGCUCCGCUCCCAUUCGCUCUUCCUCUACAAAGACAAGCGGGAGGCCGUCCUUCACGGGGCGGGGGCAGGGACCAGCCAGGAUGAGCAUCCCCCGGUCAGCAUCCGCGGCUGCCUGGUAGACAUCGCCUACAGCGAAACUAAACGUAAGAACACUCUGAGGCUGACCACGCAGGACUUCUGCGAAUACCUGCUGCAGGCUGAGGACAGGGACGACAUGCUGGCCUGGAUCAGGGUCAUCAGGGAGAACAGCAAGAUCGACAAUGAGGAGAUUGGUUUCUCAAGGCAGGCUCUCAUCAACAAGAAGCUGAAUGACUACAGAAAACACAGUCUGACAGGUAAUAAGCCAGAUGUUUCUCCCAGAGGUCACCGCAUGAUGCCUCCUUUCCUAUUGGCUAAAACUGACAACACCUCAGUAAACCGAUCAUCCAGAACUGAUGACAACAAGGCACUGUGGGGCAUCAAUAUCAUGAAGAAGAGCAAGAAGACAGGCAGUCCCAAGGCUUUUGGUGUGCGACUGGAGGACUGUCAGCCAGCUGUCAACAAUAAAUUCGUCCCUCUGAUCGUGGAGAUGUGCUGUGCCGUGGUGGAGGAGACGGGUCUGGAAUACACCGGCAUCUACCGGGUGCCAGGAAACAAUGCCAUGGUGUCCAACCUGCAGGAGCAUCUCAACAAGGGCAUGGACAUCAACACAGCUGAGGAGAGAUGGCAGGACCUGAAUGUAAUCAGCAGCCUGCUCAAAUCGUUCUUCCGGAAACUUCCUGAACCACUGUUUACUGAUGAUAAAUACAAUGAUUUCAUUGAUGCCAACCGGAUAGAAGACGCAGAAGACCGUCUGAAGACCAUGAAGAAACUGAUUCAUGACCUUCCAGACUACUAUCACCACACCCUUAAGUUCCUGGUAGGCCACCUGAGGAAGGUGGCAGACAAUGCUGACAAGAAUAAAAUGGAACCAAGAAACCUGGCUCUGGUGUUUGGUCCCACUCUGGUGAGGACAUCAGAGGACAACAUGACCGACAUGGUCACACACAUGCCUGACCGCUACAAGAUAGUGGAGACACUAAUCCUGCACUAUGACUGGUUCUUCAGUGAAGGAGAGCUGGAUAAUGAAGAGAAGGCCCCAGAUGAUAAGCGGGACAUGCAGCCUGUGCCCAACAUUGACCAUCUGCUGUCCAACAUCGGCAGGCCGGGUAUGCCAGGAGAGGCAUCAGAUUCCACCACCAGCGAUUCUCUUAAGUCAAAGCUUUCUUCAGGCUCCAAGAAAGACCUGAACGCCAGAGACUUCCUGUCCAAGUCCAUCAUCUCUGCUGUGACCCGCAAACGUAAAAAAUCCCCUAGUAACCACCUGCCAGGCAGCAGCGCUGAUGAGGACUCCGAGCAUGAGCCAGUCAAAGCCAGCAACUACGGGGGAGGAGAUGGGGGAGGAGAGGAAGAGGACAGAGGAGAAGAAGAGGCAGUCAAGGAGGAACAUACCAUUCCUAAGAAAGAAAAAAAGAAUAAAAAGGGAAAUGGGAUAAAAGUUCAAGAGACGACGGAGGGAAAGGAAGAUGGAAGGGAAGAAGCUGAAAAGGACAUGGGUAACAGACCAGGCAAUGAUGCCAAGAAUCCUGAAAGGGAGAGCAGAUCAAGAGCUGCACCACAACCUCGUCCAAACAGCUUCCUCUACUCACACCAUCAGACCCACGCCACAUAUGCACGACCCCCACCUGUGACCAUACCUCCUCCACAUCCAAAACCUCACAGUAUGUCAAGAGGACGCCCCAUAGCCCCUUUCUGGAUCUCCCCCACCAAGCUUCCGAACCACUACCAAGCCUCCAGGCUUAACGGGGCCCAGCAGCCGGAUUGGAACCAACCGGCACCGGUCCGUUACAGGAAGAACAGGGGUGGGAGGACUAGGGCUAUGUCCAUGAAUCUGGACGUUGAGCUGGGCAGGAGUGAGGACAGAGCGAGAGGUUGGAGAUCAGAGAGAGUGGAGGUAAUCAAAGUCACUGAGGGAGCAGGUCAGCAUGGAAGUGUUGGGGUUCCUCAGGGAUCAGUUAUAGGUCCCAGUUCGGUUCAACAAAUUGAUCCACUCCCUCGUCUCGCCCAGGAGGCUCCACCUCUUUCCUCCUCUUCCUCGGGAUGGAUAGAUCAAAGCUCCGUGGGAUCUUCCACUGUUGUUCUGAGGAGAUCUGGCCUGGUGCCUCGGGACAAGACAAGAGCCUGGCGUCGUCACACAGUGGUGGUCUAACCGCUUCAUCUACUAAUGCAGUACAAAGCACUUCUUGCCCUUUACUCAUAAACACUUGGACCACCUGUGUCACUGCUUCUGAAGCCAAGUGUCUGUCACGUGACCCGAGGAUCUCCGCUGUAUCAAGACUCUUUCAUCUUAGCUUUUUAUUGGCACUGUAAUUGGAGAAUGUGCGGUUGUAGAGUUUCAUUCCCAAAUUAGAUAACUACCAUUUGACAAAUCUGAAACGUACUCCAAAAAGAACACACUGCCUGUCGCUAUUCACCUACUAUUGAAACUAUCCAGCUUAGACUCUUUUACUUACAAAAUAACUGUAGAUGUAACUAUACAUGUUCUUAUAUAUUGUGCAUUGAAUAUUAGGGUUGAGUAUCAGGAACUGAGCUCAUAUUUCUCAUG